GAAACACUGAUGGAAGGAGAGAAUAUGCAAGAAGAAUUUUCAUUUGUCCCAUCCUCUGAAAUUAACUCGGACCCUCCAAAAGUGAAGAAUAAGAGGGGGAUCACAACCUGUAAUGCUGUUGUGCUAGCAACCCAAGAUGGGAAAAAAUUAGAGGUUUAUUUUCCCAACACAGGGACAGAGGCUGUUGGUAAGAAUGCUCGGCACUUAGUUAGUUUCUGUGGGGUUCUAAUAAAAAAACAUGCUAAGUUGAGUGCCACGAAUUGG